AUGGCCGAUGUUAUCACUUACGCUGCGGCCACCAGCGCCUGCGAGAAGUCGGGGCAGUGGAGGCAAGCUUUGGGUGUGCUGGCUGAUGUGGAGGCGGAGUGCCAAGCUGAUGUCGUGGUGUAUAGCGCGGCAGUCAGUGCCUGCGAGAAGGGGCAGCAAUGGCAGCAGGGCCUAAGCGUGCUUGAACGCGCUGACAGAGGUAAAUUUGUGAACACAGUGAUUUUCAACGCGUCUGUAAGCGCCUGCGAGAAGGGCAGGCAGUGGCGACCAACUCUGGCAAUUGCCCAGCAGAUGUACGACCAGGGGCUAGAAACUGACGUGAUUACGUACAACGCCACAAUCUGCGCUUGUCAGCAAGCUAUGGAAUGGUACCAGGUGCUGCAACUCUUCUACCGGCUGUUCGAGGGGCGAGCAGCCAGUGUGAUAGCAUUCAGUAACGCAGUCGCUGCUUGCGACAAGCGAAAGCAGCGACCCAUCCAGGACCUUUUCGCGAAUUUGCAGGUGUUGGUUUCUGAGUCGCUGCAGGGGACAAAAAGAAACUGGCAAGGGGCUUUGCAGAUCCUGUCAGACAUGGGCACGCACAGAGUGGAGGCGGAUGCUGUUUCUUACAACUCCGCCAUAAACGCCUGCAUAAAAGGACGCCGCAAGCAGUGGGUCACUGGCUUGUUCGAACAGUUGUGCGAAGCAGAGAUCUCACCUGAUUUGGUGACCUACAACAGCUUAAUUCGUGCAUGUGGAGAGGAGUGGCAGAGAGCUUGUGCCUUGUUGCAUGAUCUUCGGACACGAAACCUGAAGGCGGAUCUUAUCACCUACAGCUCAGCAAUCAGCAGUUGCGAGAAGCAAGGGCACUGGGAACCAGUACUGAAGCUUCUGGCCGAAAUAGCUGCAAACCAAAUGCAGAUGGAUUCAAUCUGUUGCAACUCCGUCAUAAGCGCGUGUGCGAAGGGAUCAGGGUGGUGGCAGGCUACGUCGCUGCUGACUGAGUUUCUGCAGGCGAACCUGCGUGGAGAUGUCAUUGCCUACAACGCAGCGGCCAAUGGGCUCAGCAGGGGCGGAGAAUGGGCGCUGGCCCGCAGAUUGCUUGCUCGGCUCAAGGAGAGAAGCUUGCAACCCAACCUGGUGACCCACAAUGCGGUCAUCAGCGCUGCAGACACUGGAUUUUUUGAGAAAACGUUCUAG